CUGGCCAAUAAGGAUGCAGGCAUUUGGCAGGCACUAUGUGGUUGUAAGGCCUCUGUUUUCAGAGGAUUCCUUUGCAGAGCAGCAUGAGAGGAUCAACAGGAGUCGCAAAACUCUACAGGAUCAUCUGAAAAACUAUUUCACUUGUGAUUCAAACCGUGCAAAGAAUGUGGCCCUUUCCCUUCUGCCCAUCAUUGGAUGGAUGAAGAACUACAAGAUCAAAGAAUGGCUGUUUGGUGACAUAGUUUCUGGCAUAAGUACAGGAUUAGUGGCAGUGCUACAAGGACUUGCAUUUGCUUUGUUGGCCUCCUUACCACCUGGAUAUGGACUGUAUACUGCAUUUUUUCCUGCGAUAGUCUACUUCUUUUUGGGCACCUCCCGACACAUCUCAGUAGGGGCUUUUCCCAUUCUCAGUCUAAUGGUGGGUGCUGUUGUCACACGGCUGGUGCCUGAUGAAGGACCUGCAGUAAACAUCACUGGAUUUGAGGGGUUGAGCAUUGAAGAGCAAAGAGUUCUAGUUGCUUCCACUGUAACUUUUCUCAUGGGGGUGUUUCAGCUCAUAAUGGGGCUACUACAGGUGGGCUUCAUUGUCAUGUAUCUGUCUGAUACUCUGGUGUCUGGAUUCACCACUGCAGCUGCUGUUCAAAUCCUGGUUUCCCAGCUCAGAUUUGUGUUGGGACUGGACUUUCCUGGUAUAAAUGGCCCACUUGCCAUUAUAUAUACCUUGGUGGAAGUUUUCUCUCGAAUCACUAACACAAACAUGGCAGAUCUGGUGACAUCUAUUGUGAUCAUGGCAGUGGUGCUUAUUGUGAAAGAGAUCAAUGGUAGAUUUAAGUCGAAACUACCUGUGCCGAUACCUAUAGAGGUCAUCAUGACUGUUAUUGCUUGCGGAGUCUCUUUUGGAUUCAAUUUCGAAGAGAGAUUUGGCAUGGUAGUUAUUGGGGAGAUGGUGAAUGGAUAUGAAUCUCCUGUUGCUCCAAAUCUGGAAGUCAUUGAGCACAGUGCAGUGGAGGCUUUCCCUUUGGCCAUAGUAGGAUUUGCUGUGGCUUUCUCAGUAGCUAAAGUCUACUCUGUCAAACAUGACUACACAAUCGACGGAAACCAGGAGCUAAUUGCGUUUGGGGUGAGCAACAUUUUUGGGGCAUCUUUUCGUUCAUUUGCUGCCAGCACAGCCCUUUCGAGGACUUCCAUACAGGAGAGCACAGGAGGGAAGACGCAGAUAGCUGGUAUUCUGUCUGCCAUGAUGGUACUGAUUGUCAUUGUAGCAGUAGGAUUCCUGCUUGAGCCAUUGCCCAGGUCUGUUCUGGGUGCUCUGGUGAUUGUUAAUCUGAAAGGCAUGCUGAUGCAAGUCAAAGAGCUGCCGUUCUUAUGGAAGAAUGAUCGGCCUGAUUUUGUUACCUGGGUGGUGACCUUUGUGGCUACUAUUAUCCUGGGUCUGGAUCUGGGGUUGGCUGUGGGCAUUGUGGUCGAAUUGUUCACUGUGGUCUGCAGGGCUCAGUUCCCACGAUGCUCCCUCCUGGCAAACAUCACAGGAACUGACAUCUACAGGGAUCGCAAAGACUACCUCUCUAUUUACGAACCUGAUGGAGUUAAAAUAUUCAAAAUCCCUUCACCUAUCUUCUUUGGUAACAUAGACUUCUUCAGAGAUAACCUGGUGAAAGCAGUGGGUUUUAGUCCUCUAAGUGUUUUGAAGAAAAGAAACAAAGCCCUGCGAAAGAUCAGAAAAAUGUUGUGUAAUGGAGAACUGGAUGUGUCUGAUAGAGGCCUUCAGAUAAGACAUCAACCAUCUGCUGAAAAUUCAGAAGAUGAAAGCAACUUGGAGGGUCUGGAUCAGCCCACAGAUUUCUCUGACCUUUCAAUCCAGGUGAACUGGAACGCAGAGCUCCCUGCCAACAUCUGUGUCCCUCCUGUGAACAUCCACAGUUUGGUCCUGGACUUCUCUGCGGUCUCGUUCCUUGAUAUAUCUGCACUCAAUGGCCUUAAAACGACCCUGAAAGAGUUUAUACGAAUUGAGGUGGACGUCUACAUUGUUUCCUGUGAUGUGUACAUCAUGGAGAAGCUUCAUCGAUGUACAUUUUUUGAUGAAGAGAUUAAGACGUCCAUCUUUUAUCCCACGCUGCAUGAUGCCAUGUUGCACAUUCUGCAGAUGCAUCCAGAUUAUCGACAUGCAGAAAAGUAUAUAUACAGAAGCAUUCCAAGAGUGUGAAGAAGAGCAAAUUAUGAUUUGAAAACCCAAAUGAAAUGCAAGAAAUGUUGACAGCUGUAUGAACAAAGAGGGAUCACAGUACAUGAUAUAUCUAAAGCUGACCAAUGGGCACAGGCUGUUUUGAAUUAAAUACACUACUGCAGCUUAGAAUGGAACACAUUCAGUGUGACCAUGGUUACCAGUUUCUACCUACUCAAACAGGUCUUACUGUUUUUUUCCAGUCAUCCGGUACCUACCGCAUGUUUUCCCUUCUUCUCAGAGUGCAAAGUAUACAAACGACCAAUCAAAGACUUUAACGUGAGCGGCGCGACGCAACGCAAAUAAACUAGAAUCUGUGACAGAGAGCGUUCUAGUUGUAUCGCGUCGCGAGGUUCCGAUUCCUGUGUAGUCUUCACAAUCCCAAAGAAGAUGAAUAUAAUAUGUGCUGCAAAGCCUGCUGAGGCCAUUAUGUUGUUUUAUAUAUCUUGUCUGUUACGGCUACAUUGCAUGUUUUAGUUUUUUUUACGUGAGAAAUGUAAUAUUUCAUAAAUUUCCUCCUGUGGAGAGUAGACAAACCUACAGGAAUUAUGUAUUAGUUAAAGGGAUAGUUCACCCAAAAAUGAAAAUACUUUCAUCAUUUACUCACCCUCAUGCCUUCCCAGAUGUGUACGACUUUCUUUCUUCUGCUGAACACAAACAAAUAGUUUUAGGAGAAUAUUUCUGCUGUGUAGGUCCAUACAAUGCAAGUAAAUGGUGAGCAAAAUUUUGAAGCUCCAAAAAGCACAUAAAGGCAGCAUGAAAGUAAUCCAUGUCUUCAAAGGCAAUCCAAGCAAUUUU